AAAAACCGAUUUCGGGUUAACUUUACUUAUGAUACGUUAUUCAUCUUUUAUUUUGUAUUAAAUAUAUAAAAGUAACAAAAUAACACUUCUGAUUUAUUAUGAUAUAGUUGUAAAUUUAUGCAACUUUUUAUUAACAAUGGCCGACAGAGAUUUAUCCAUGGGUCCGCGAGAAGGGAUAACAUAUCCUAUAAAGGUGCAAUAUUGUGGAAAUUGCUCUAUGCCAAUUGAAUACUGUGAAUAUUAUCCAGAAUAUGAUAAAUGUAAGCAAUGGCUCGAAAAAAAUUUACCUACAGAAUUCGAAAAAGUAAAAAUAGAUGAGGAAGAAAAUGCUGGAGGCGAAGAAGAAAAGAAACGUCAAAAGCGUGGAGGCAAAGGUAUGCUUAAAUCUAAGAAGAAAGAAGAUGUCCCCAAGCUUGUACAGGUUUCUCGAGCUCCGAGAGGAAAGAAAAAGUCUGUCACUGUAGUUUCUGGGUUGAGUACAUUUGACAUAGACUUAAAAGUAGCUGCAAAGUUUUUUGGUACCAAAUUUGCUUGUGGAUCUUCUGUAACUGGUGAUGAUGAAAUUGUUAUUCAAGGGGAUGUUAAGGAUGAUCUAUUUGAUGUUAUACCAGAGAAAUGGCCUGAGAUUGAUGAGGACAGCAUCGAAGAUUUAGGUGAUCAGAAGAGAUAGUCACAAACUGCUAAAGUGUUAUGGCAUUGCUUUAAUUUCUAUUUUACAUGUAAAGCUUUUAAUUUGCUAGUGAAAAAGCAAAUGUUGCCACCUCAGUCUAAAAUAGAAAUUGAGCAUUGGUGAUGUUUUAUUUAUUUUA